UCGCCCAAAACCAGUACCACUAUAUAUCAAUAUCAAAACCCUAGCUGCACGGGCAGCAAUCCUUUCUCUCUCUCCAGGUAGGGUUUGUGUUAGCAGUAUUUAACAAUGGCUCCUGCUAAAGUGGACAGUACAAAGAAGGCUGAUCCUAAGGCUCAGGCCUUGAAGACUGCCAAGGCUGUGAGAGCAGGCUCUUCAACAAUCAAGAAGAAAUCAAAGAAGAUAAUCACAAAGGUUACAUUCCACAGGCCCAAGACAUUGAAGAAGGACAGAAACCCCAAGUAUCCACGCAUCAGUGCUCCUCCAAGGAACAAAUUGGACCACUACCAAAUCCUCAAAUAUCCUUUGACCACUGAGUCUGCUAUGAAAAAGAUUGAGGAUAAUAACACCUUGGUUUUCAUUGUUGACAUCCGUGCUGACAAGAAGAAGAUCAAAGAUGCGGUAAAGAAGAUGUAUGACAUUCAGACCAAGAAAGUGAAUACUUUGAUCAGGCCUGAUGGAACCAAGAAAGCAUAUGUUCGGUUGACUCCAGAUUAUGAUGCUUUGGACGUGGCUAACAAGAUUGGGAUCAUCUAAGCUUUAUUGAUUUAUUAUUUUAGUUUGUAAGAAGAAAAAUACUUGGUAAUCAAGCAUUGUUAGUUGUGAUCAUUAGCACUGUUUUACUUUUAUUCUGGUGAUAUUGGAUAUUGUCUAGAGCUCAAUCUCCAAUUCCUACUUUUGGAACUUCCUCUUGGCAUUUUCUUGCCUGAAUGUUUUGGUUUACCAGUAUUCCUUUUUAGCCUAAACCUUGUGCAUUCGUAUUGUUGCAAUUUAACAUAUGGUUUAACCUUUUGUUUA